AGAAAGCUAAAAUGUAUGACGGAUGGUGAAUCUGUUCCCCCCGACUGGCCUUAUUUUAAAACCAUUGACCGCAUCCUCUCUAAACUGCCGGAACAGACAGAUGGGAAGUUACAGCCUGGGCCUUCCACAUCUCAGACUGAUGCCUCGCAAUCUCCUUCGGUCAAAUCUACACCCCUCUACCUGCCCUACAGCCAAUUCACAUAUGACGAGGGUUGUUUCCAGGAUGACAAUUCAGAGAGCUCCACAAGUCUGCAGUCAUACAAGCAAAGGUCUGGUGAGAGGUCCAUGAAGAAAAGGAAAGUGCACAGUUGUAGCUUUCAGAAGAAGAAGUUGAAGAUCAUGGAGAGCAUGUUGGAGGAACAGAAGCGGUUGAGCCGGGCAAUGGAGGAAACCUGUCGAGAAGUACGGCGGAUUCUGGACCAACAGAACAUCAUCCAAGUACAGAGUUUGCAGCUCCAGGAAAGGAUGAUGAACCUCUUGGAGAAGAUGGUUUCCAAAUCUGCCCCGUAA